AUGGACUCGAAUGGAGGGAGAAGGAGUAAUUCAUUAUGGUCCAGGGGCGGCGACAGAGGGAGUGACUCCGGUGAAUGCGGAAGGGAAGAAGAAGAGGAGGAGGCCAAAAAAGCAUGGACGAGAGAGUCCCCGGGACAAGAUGUUUUACCACAUAUUUUGUUUUUUUUAGGUGGCCAGGUGGCAUUUUCUGUUGAUGCCGCCAACUUUGAUUCUCGUGUGGUGACGGUAGAUCCCGGCGAGGAUGUCGCAGUCAAGUUAAUGUCAAUUUCAAGAAGAGAGGCUAGGACCGUACGUGUUCUUGGCGGAAGUGGUGCGGUGUCUGUUGUGACUCUUCGUCAUUUAAAUCCAUACGGGGACACUAUGAUUUACGAGGGGAGCUAUGGGAUGUUUUUUUUGUCUGGAUACUUCACUCCUAAAGAUAUUGGUGGAAAAAAAGCCAUAGUUGGGAGCAUGACUGUCUCGUUGGCAGGUCCAAAUGGAAGUGUCAUGGGUGGUGUACUUGCUGGUUCGUUAAUUGCUGCUGCUCCUGUUCAGGUCGUGAUUACAAGCUUUCGUCCUAGCAAUGAGGAGCCAAAACAGUUUGCGCCAACUUCCUCCCUUGUCCCUGCUACAGGGGACGGCGAGACUCGGGGAGCCAAAACAGUUUGAACAGGGAACACUUUUUCUCAUAUUUUUCAAUCUACUGAUGUUUUAAGUGAUCAGUAACCUGACUUCCAAAUAUAGAAAGAUAGACUGUCGUUGGAUAUCAAGUCUAUCACAAAAUUAUAUAUAAUCAAAAUUGCACACCCAAAAAUAUUUUACAAGGACCUUGCACUUUCAGGUGUUGAACGGCUGUAUCUUA